GGAACCGAUUCGAAGCAGCGAUUCGUUCAGGAGCCGGGCGACAUGGCGGUGUGAGGGACGCGCAGCCGGCGGACUGAGUGUGUUGGAGCCGCUUUACAGACACAGCCAUGAUUCUCCCGGCGCUCAGGUGUGCGGUGUGGCGCGGGUACCGGAGAGGACUUCAGCAGAGCCAGCGAACGCCUUUAAGACAAUGGAUGCUCCAGAGAGGACAGAACACAGUCGUCGCUGAAAGUGGGCCUUCACAGACCUCCACGGUGACCGUUCCCAACGCAGCGACGAACCGCCUCGUAGGCCGAUGGCUGGUGGGAUGCAGCGGGCUUGUCUUGGGGGCAGUAGUUUUAGGAGGUGUCACCAGGCUUACAGAAUCCGGCCUGUCCAUGGUGGAUUGGCACUUGGUGAAGGAGAUGAAGCCGCCGCGGUCGCAGGCUGAGUGGGAGGCCGAGUUCUCCAAAUAUCAGCAGUUUCCAGAGUUCAAAAUAAUGAACCAUGACAUGACCCUGACUGAGUUCAAGUUCAUCUUCUACAUGGAGUGGGGGCACCGCAUGUGGGGCAGGCUGGUGGGCUUGGCUUACAUCCUCCCCACCAUGUAUUUCUGGAAGAAAGGCUACUUUAACCGCUCUAUGAAGGCUCGUGUGCUGGGCUUGUGUGGCUUCGUCUUCUUCCAGGGUCUCCUGGGCUGGUACAUGGUGAAGAGCGGCCUGGAGGAGAAGCCGGAGUCUUAUGAUAUUCCUCGUGUCAGCCAGUACAGGCUGGCCUCUCACCUGGGAUCAGCCCUCCUGCUGUACUGCGCCAGCCUGUGGACGGGUCUCACCCUCAUGCUUCCUGCAAACAAGCUUCCUGACAGCAAGCGUGUGCUGCAGCUCCGGAGAUUCGCCAAGGGAACGGGUGCCCUAGUCCUCCUCACAGCUCUCUCAGGGGCUUUUGUCGCUGGACUCGACGCUGGCUUGGUGUACAACUCCUUCCCAAAGAUGGGCGAGUACUGGAUCCCUGACGACCUGCUGGCCUUCUCUCCAACCAUCAAGAACUUUUUUGAGAACCCCACCACCGUCCAGUUUGACCACCGAGUGCUGGCUAUUGGCUCAUUAGCAGCCAUCACUGGUCUCUACUUCUUCUCCAGACGCAUGCAUCUGCCGAGGAGGGCCAAGAUUGCAAUCAGCUGCCUGACAGCCAUGGCUUACACACAGGUGGCUCUUGGCAUCUGCACCUUGCUCCUGUACGUGCCCACCCCCCUGGCGGCUACUCACCAGUCUGGAUCAGUGGCGCUGCUUACUUUUGCCAUCUGGGUCCUCGCUGAGCUCCGCAAGGUGGCCAAGUAGAUCCCCCUGUUCACGUCCUACCCAGUAGGCACCUCUAAUCAGGUCCGGAGAGACUCUAUACUCCGUUAAGUAAAACAGGCUCGCCUUCCUGCAUCGCAGGCGGUUUAAUCCGUCUCCAAUUUGGGUCAAAUACAUGGAAGAAGUUCUA